AUGUUUGCAGUGGCUCCUCCCCGAAUACCCGCAUCCAUUGCUCGCAUCAUGAGCCAAGAGGAGGAUGUGGUUAUCAUAGGUGCUGCAAGAACACCAAUCGGUUCCUUCAAUGGCAGUUUAUCUGGCCUGGCUGCCCAUCAACUAGCUUCAAUGGUGAUAAAAGAAGUCCUGAAGAGAGCAAAUAUCAAACCAGAAGAUGUGUCUGAAGUAAUUUUAGGCCAGGUUUUGACUGCAGGCCAAGGACAGAAUCCUGCUCGCCAGGCUAGCGUCAAUUCAGGAAUCCCAUAUGAAGUGCCAGCAUGGAGUUGUCAGAUGAUUUGUGGCUCUGGCCUGAAAGCAGUGUGUCUUGCAACACAAGCCAUCAUAACGGGCAGCUCCAAUAUUGUGAUAGCUGGAGGCAUGGAGAGCAUGAGCAAGACUCCGCAUGUGGCACAUAUGAGAACUGGAGUCAAAAUGGGUGAUGUAUCGCUUCAAGAUAGCAUUCUUUGUGAUGGUCUGAUGGAUGCGUUUCAUGGUUACCACAUGGGAAUUACAGCCGAGAAUGUGGCCAAAAAAUGGAAUGUUAGUCGAGAAGAACAGGACAAAUUUGCUGUACAAUCCCAGACAAGAACUGAGAAGGCACAAAAAGCAGGAUUUUUUGACAAGGAAAUUGUACCCAUCUGUGUCCCAUCUCAAAAAGGCUCUUUUGAAGUAUCUGCUGAUGAAUUUCCCCGUCACGGUAGUAGCUAUGAAGUGAUGUCAAAACUGAAGCCAUGUUUUAUAAACGAUGGGACUGGUAGCAUUACAGCUGCUAAUGCAUCAGAUGUUAUUUUGGUUCCUGUUGCUACAGGUAUAAAUGAUGGAGCAGCGGUUGUAAUUUUGAUGAAGAAAUCAGAAGCUCUUAAAAGAAACCUGACGCCUUUGGCACGUAUUGUAUCCUGGGCACAAGCUGGACUGGAUCCUGCUAUUAUGGGAAUUGGCCCUAUACCAGCAAUAAGGAAAGCAGUGGAUAAAGCUGGUUGGACAUUGGAUGAAGUUGAUCUGUUUGAAAUUAAUGAAGCUUUCGCUGCACAGUCAAUUGCUGUUGUCAAGGAACUUGGUUUAAACCCAGAAAAGGUCAACAUCCAAGGCGGCGCUAUUGCUUUAGGUCACCCCCUGGGAAUGUCUGGGUGCCGUAUCCUGGUUACACUUCUCUACACUUUGGAGAGAACAGGAGGAAAUCGUGGAAUCGCUGCUUUGUGUAUUGGUGGAGGAAUGGGAAUAGCCAUGUGUGUUGAAAGGCAAUGAAUCAAAUUUGUGCUUUAAUGGCAAGAAACCCACUGCAUAUAAUUGAGCAUGCAAUUUACACUGCUGCCUAGCCAUAAUAGAAUGAAAGAGUGAUUGCAAAUUGUUAUUACUGAUUUGAUUGUAUUCCAUGAACAUCUUUGCCCAAAAUUUGCUUUAAAUUAUUGUGAGUCUUCCGUGCAUGCAAUUGUUAAUGUGUAAGAGAUAAUUUGAUAAUGAGCGAAGAGAUGCCGUGAAUUAUAAGUAGCGACAAAUAGCUAAGCAAUUUCUUCUGUUCUGCUAUUAAUCUCAUUACCAAAGUUUGUCAUCACUAGUGUUUCAAAAAUGCUACAUUGCAUUGGAAAAACAAAUUCAAUACAUCAGAGAACAUAAUGUUGUAUGUAAAAACUGUGUUUUUGUGACUUUCCACUUUGAAAGUAGUUAACAAUAAAUGAUAAUUAUUCUGUUCAUGUACAUAAA